CGAACGGCAAGGCAAGUGAUUCAGAAGUUUGCCCUUCAGGCAAUUCGCCUAUAUCAACAGGCAGUAUCGCCCUACUUGCCCUCGGUGUGCAGGCAUUUGCCUUCCUGUUCAGAGUAUGCACACGAUGCUAUAAGCAAGCACGGUCUGGCCAAUGGCUGCUGGCUGGCGGUUAGAAGACUGGGUCGGUGCCGACCGCUAGGCUCCAGCGGCUAUGAUCCCGUUCCCUGA